UUCAAAUAUCUUGCGGAUAACUCAUAAGUAUAAAAUAUUAAUAUUUCCUGGAACUGAAGUCUAAAUACCGCCUGUUUUUAUCUUCGGCUGUAUCACGUUUUCAGUGCAUGGUUCCAGAGCAAGUUUGAGGAAAUUCAUGUGUAUUAUUUGAGAUACUUUAGUGAUGUGCUGGGAACGUCCUGUGAGUUUGUGAAAUUAAAAUUGUAGCUCAGAUUAUAAUAAAUUAUUAAUAUCAAAGGAAUAAGUGCUAAUGACUAGGUGUACAUACUACUGUCAUUUCUGUGAAUCAGAAAUUAGAACUGAAGUUCGAAUUUCAAAGUGUAACUUGACGUAAAAGCAUUCACUUAACAUAUCAAUGCAUUAAUACAAAUGCCUCCAGGAUGACAUCAUAUCCCAGACGAAAGCCUUUCAAGAAAUUAAGCACUUUCUUGAACACGUAAUAAGAAAGACUUAAGUUCCUAUAAGUUAAGUAGUGUUAUAUUAGUUAGUGCCAUUGUAACAAUGAAAAUGUUAAGUGUUAUUGUGUUAUUGGCGCUGGGCGCAGUUGAAGCCGAUCGUAGAAAUCUACCUCCAACGUGUGAUAGUAUGAUAUAUUGCCAUGGACCUCUUCUGGAUACGGUGCAAAUGGCAGGACUCUACAAUGACUCCAAGACUUUCGUCGACAUGAAGAUAAAAUUCUCCCCCAAAAUCACCAUGGAACAUUUCGAAGAGAUGAUGAACAGGACAGGUUCCAGACCGACGAAAGCAGAUAUCAAGGAGUUUGUGAACCAAAAUUUCGAUCCUGAAGGAUCUGAGUUUGAGGAAUGGAGCCCACCAGACUGGAAAGACAAUCCAGCUUUCCUGCAGAGAAUUAAAGAUCCAAUGCUGAACCAAUGGGCGUCAGACCUGAACAAGUUGUGGCUGGAUCUGGGCAGGAAGAUGAAGAAUGAUGUCAAAGAGAACCAGGAACUUUACUCCAUCAUAUAUGUGGAUAAUCCAUUUAUUGUGCCUGGUGGUCGCUUUCGGGAGUUUUACUACUGGGACUCCUAUUGGAUAAUCAAAGGGCUGCUGAUAUCAGAGAUGAGGUCCACAGCCCGUGGAAUGGUCAGCAAUUUCCUGGAUGUCGUUAACAGGAUAGGUUUCAUCCCGAACGGAGGAAGGGUGUAUUAUAAGAUGAGAUCUCAGCCCCCUCUAUUAACCCCGAUGGUGAAACUCAUUCUGGAUGAUUCUUUUGACAUGGAGUUUUUGAGACACCACAUUCACACUUUGGACCGGGAGUUCGAUUACUGGAUGACAAAUCAUACCGUUGAUCUGGAGUAUGAAGGGAAAAAGUACACUCUAAUGAGAUACACAGAUCAAUCUCAGGGGCCUCGACCAGAGAGUUAUAAAGAAGAUAUAGACGUCGCUAAAGAUUUGGACUCGCCAGAGAAAAAAGAAGAGUUGUUUGCCGAACUUAAAGCAGCUGCGGAAUCUGGUUGGGACUUCUCAUCUCGCUGGUUCAUUCUCAAUGGAACUAAUAAAGGCAACUUGACCAACUUGAAGACAAGGUCCAUAAUUCCUGUGGACCUAAACGCUAUAGCGUGCUGGAACGCUAAGCUUAUGGCAGAGUUUCACACCCACUUAUCUAAUUUUGAUAAAGCUCAGUACUAUAGAGACGUCCACGCGAAUCUUCUUGAGGCUAUUGAAGAGGUACUGUGGCACGAAGACGUUGGAGCCUGGUUAGACUACAGCAUGGAGUCCAACAGAAGAAGGGAUUAUUUCUACCCUUCGAACGUGGCUCCUCUGUGGACGGGGUGUUAUGACAAGGGCCGCAAAGAAUACUAUGUUAGCAGAGUUAUUAACUAUUUGGACAAAGUAAAAGUUGAUAUUUUUGAAGGUGGAGUACCGACAACGUUUGAGCAUUCGGGUGAACAGUGGGACUACCCAAAUGCUUGGCCUCCACUGCAGUACAUCAUGGUGAUGGGUUUGGCCAACACCGAAAUUCCAGAGGCUAUGCGGUUAGCCAGUGAGAUCGCUACUAAAUGGGUGCGUUCUAAUUACGAAGUGUGGAAACAGAAAACGGCUAUGCUGGAAAAGUAUGAUGCAACAAUAUUCGGCGGUUAUGGUGGCGGUGGCGAAUAUGUUCUUCAAACUGGUUUUGGUUGGACUAAUGGGGUCGUUAUGGCUCUUCUCAACAGAUAUGGAGAUACAUUGUCGGUAGCUGACGCGUUUGGAUCGAGCGAGAGUAGCGCCGUGUAUGGCGCGCAUGUUGGAGCUGGUGGUAUCGCCACCGCGGUGCUGGUCAUCAUAGCAUCAUUGGUAGCUGGGACCCUUGGACUCCUGGUGUACAGAAAGAGAAAAGACUACAUGCCCUUGAAGGGCGGAGAAGAUCUGAAAUUGUUAUCACGAAGACCGUACACAGAACUCAAGGAUAUUAACGGCUCUUCGAACCCCAGGCAACGGUGAAUACAACUCCCAAAGUCCAUCACCUGAUUUACUGACGAAAAUAUAGCAGAAAUUAUGGCUGUUAUAAUUAAUGUUUAAGUCAAAUUUAACGUUAACAGUAACACAGACUCUAACAUAGACUGCGGAAUGUGUUGCACCAUCGUAUUCCUUGGUAUAGUUAAAGUUUAAAAGUGAAAUAUCAAGUCAAUAUCGAAUAUUUAUUAAAAACUUUUGUCAGGUCGCUAUUUAACAUUAACAAUAGCUUUAACCGGCGAAAAUGGACGGUUAGGGCUAACAGUUAAAGUUAUGACGUCAUCUAAAAAUUGUCAAAUGGUGCAACACAUUUUUUGCUUAACCGGUACUUUAACAUGUUUGUUAUUGCUAAAGUUAGUCGGUACAACCCAGUCAAAAUCUUUCAAAGAGAUUUUGUAAAGCAUUAUCACUCUUAUAAGGUCGUCAACAAACCUUACUGCAGAGUUGGCCUUGUCAAAAGGUCUGUUGGCAAACCCAGUUUUGCGGGUACAUGGAUGACGAAAAACUCUUGACUUCAGUGUGAAUUAAGCUCGCGGACCGAAAUUAAAAUUAAUUAAUACCACCCUCCCUAAACUUAAAAAAAAAUGCUCGUUGACAAAGACUGAAAAUUAAUUCGGGUAAGAACAGCUGUCAAUAUAACAUUCUAUUUCUAUUGGCAUUAAAACGUUGUCCAUUUUACCAGGGGUUACAAAACCUCGGUAUUUGUUUAAUUUAUCACAUUUUAUGUCAUAAUGAAUGAAUGAAAUUACAUCAUAUGAAAAAGGAAAUUGAGUUGCAAGUCAUAGUAAAAUGAUUAUUAUUCUUUCUCUAAAAAAAAACUUAGUCUCUACUACGUUUUUAAACAUUUUAAUAAGGUUUUCUCUAGUGAUGACGCAUUGAAGUGGCGCGUAACACGUAACUUGUGACUUGUCUACGCAACAGGCAAGACGACCUGGCUUUUAAUAUUAAAUUCAUUGAGUAAGCUUCCAUAAAAUGUCUAAAACCUGCCUGGGUAUAUUCUAAUUCCUUCAUAACAUUGAAUGUACCACCACUUUUAAAUUUUUUCAAACAAAGAGUGUAACGAAAAACUUCUGCUGGCACUUUGAGAGUUUAUAUUCUGUCAGACUUUUGUCAGUAUUUUGGCUCAAACUGAAUUCUGCGACAUGCAAUGUUAAACAGGUCAGUGCAGGCAGUGUCAAGCAUGAGCACGUCAGAUCAUCGUCAUGAUCGUCACGUCUAUUAGCCAUAUCAAAACCAUGUAGGCCACGGCUAAAAUAUACAUCCAAGCAAAGAAUUAUAUGUAUACUACUAGAUAAGAAGUGAGGAAUAACAAUUAUGUCGCAAUUGUGGAUCGCGCGGGCGGGCAGAGAGGAGAGUAGGUAUUUUGAAUAUGCCUUGCAAACGCAGAUUUAGUAAUAAAGACAUUGUUAUAUUGGUCACUUUAAACAAAAUCGGUGUUAGUUUGUUGAAAACAACGUUCACGGCUUACAAAACAGUGCAGUGGACUAAACGAUUACUUAAAGCCACAACUUGUCUAAUAGUAUACAUAGAAGUCUAUGCAUCCAAGUGCUUAUGACAGGUAAUCAACAAGCUAAAAAAUUACGGCCGGUCCAAAGGUUACGCACACCUUACUAUCGUUUGUGUCAAAUUUGUGGAGAACAAUCAGUUAAGUGGUUUUCGUAUUUUUCAAUUUUUUUGUUGUUUUAUCGUAGGGAUAUUGCUGUGGCAAACUUUGAUGCCACUCGAAAUAAAAUGUAGUUUUGACUUCAAAUAAGCAAGGUCACCUCUGCAGAAAUCUACGAGUAUGUUGACGACCGUUUGACAUAUAUAUCCAUGACAACUGACAACUGACAAGUUACUGUCAAACGUAACGCUGGUCACGGAAUAAAAGAAAUAACGCUCCUGUAUGUGGAGACCAUAAAUAUUUUAUAUGUCUAGAUAGAGUCUCUUGCUGCUAGACAACUGAUGAAAACAGGACAGGCUUAUUGCUUUAGUGUGCGUGACAAGCAAAGUAUUAAAAGCGAUUUGUCACUGUGUGUUACCGAAAUAGAGGUUAACUGUCACAGCUGUUACAGUCUAUCUAAACGUAUAAAUGAGGUUGAGACUGUUAAAUCUCUUUUUAAUCCUGAAUUAUUUACCAAAUUAAUAUUAUGUUGAAUUCUACAAAGCGUUUAAAUAUUGGCUAUUGACGUUCAAGCUGAGGCGAAUCUCGCACAGGACGCUGAAAGGCAUAUCAUUUAUAUUUAGAUUCUCGAUAGAAAAAUAUUUUUUUGAAAUCGUAACUAAAGGUACGUACAGACUGAUGAAACGUACCAUGAAAUGUAUUGUUCUACAACGGUAGAACAAACAAAAACAGAACGCUGUUUGCUGCAACCGUGGACGCAUAGCGCGCUCAUAAAGCGCAUUACUACGAACCUCCCGCGUGCGUCUGUUUCCGCCAAUCAGCCGCGAACGCGCCCGUUUCUGUUCGUUCAAAAACCGAGAUUUCGCUCGCACAAAACGUCCAAACUAUGAGAAAUUGUUACAAAGUGAAGUUAAAAACCUUUUAUGAUACGAUGUCUGCAUUAAUGUAUCAUCGGGCGAAUUCUUUCAUUGCAUGAUACAUUUCAUGUUACGUUUCACAAGUCUGUCCGCACCAUAAGGUUUGGCUAUUGUUAACUGUAGCUGAAUAAGAAUCUCAAAGAUUAGGAAAGUUUCUAUGCAACUCGCACAUAAAUUUGUAACCGUCUGUAAUUUUUCCUACCGAUUUCGGUUAAAAUUUUGCGGGAUUCGCUUCUCUUUGGAUGGAGCUAAAAUAUUUUUGUUCUAAUAGACACGUUUUAAGUACGUUGCAAAUAAUGCUCAAAGAUAUUUGUGUUAUUGUUUUAAAUAGUAAAUAAUAAAUUGAAACCAUAAUCACACAUAUACGUCAGUAUACUUGUUAUGGACGCAACCCCCUACCAUUGUAUCUUGUUAGCGAGAUGUAAUCGAGUUGUAAACGAGUGUUUUAUAUCUGUGUCAUAUUUUAUAUUCUUGCGUUAGGCUCUGGUAAUUUUUAUUGAAGACUAGUAAUAAUAAAAGUAUGAUUUGACGUUAUAUGACGUUAAGUGAUUGAAUUAUUUUAUCUACAAAGUUCAUGUGUUUUGUAAAUUCAAAAGAAUUGGUAAAACUAUUAAAUUUGCAUUGUUGAAUUAAAAAUUGCCUUUGGUAUUGAAAAAUUGCCUAAUAUUAGAUAAAUCGGUUAAAGAUAAUGGUUAAAAUGUAAAAUUAACAUCAAUCCCUCCCUUAUAGACGAUGGAUGAAAAUUAUAUAAAUUAACAAAAAUCUUAUUUUGCAAAUUGAAAAAUGAAAUAUUUUUAUCAAAUUAAUGUAUUAUCAUCGGUUAUUGAUAAAUCUACGAAGUUUUACGAAAUCUGGCCGUUUAAAGUGGGUCAAAAUCGCGCCCAAAUGAGUCGGUUACAAACAAACAUACAUACAAGUGAAGCUAAUAAAUAUAUUAUGAAUAUAAAACUUCUUGAUCUCCUUAAGAAUAGGUAUUAUAUUAGAAUAUGAUAAAAAGUUUUAUUGUGAUAAUCAAUAUUUGUUUAGUGAAGAUGUAACCAAUGUUACUUUAAAUUUGGAUAAGGAAUAGUAAACCUGAUAAUAAUUGUAUAAAACCCUUUCGCUUUAAGUUCGCAAACUUCUUGUGAUUUCUCUGGAGGAUGAAUCAAUAUAGUAUUUUCUCUUCAUCUCUCAACCGAAGUCACCGCUGAAAAUGUUUAACUGGAAAGAACAAAACGCCAUGACAAAUAAGUAAUGUUUAACCAGAUAAUGUAAAAAUUCAGUUAAUUACACGCGUUUUAAUAUUCUAACAAGUAUUUUAUUUAAUUGUUUUAAAUAAGUUAGUACUGCUUCCAUAUAAAAAGGUUAAUAAUAAAUUUCUACGAAUUUUAGAUUGUUUUUGACAAUCAAAGAGGUUUCGUAUAUUUUGCAAUACACAGAAAUGUCAUUAUUAUUGACAAUCUCGAUUAUAGAUGUCAACUCGAAAACAAAUGGUAGGGGUUGGUUUGAAGGAGUUCGUAUUACGCCAGUUCUUUAUUGUGCUGUGAAAACUCAAAUGUAUAUAGUUAGGUACCUAUAUAUAUUAUUUUUUAUAUAAACAAAUGCUUAUAAGUGAGUGGUGCGACCAAAAAGUCAAGAUAUACGAUUUUUAAGAUCGACGAAUGUUAGAUAGUUUAAUUUAAAUGUAGUAACAAAUUUCCAUUUAUGAUUUUAAAGUAUUGACUUCUGAUAUACGGAACGGGUAGGUCAAAGGUUUUAUUGUUCUAACAGUCAGUUUUAAUUUAGCCUAUUAAGUAUAUGUGUCCUUAAGAAAAUCAUGUGAAAGAUAAAUUUUAUUAUCAUUGCAAUGGAUAGCUUUGUGUUCAUACUAAAAUUAUACAAGCAUAUUUAUCAGAACUAGGUUAUAGUCAUUGGAACGUAUGUUUUCUGAAACUUUCAACAUUGAACUGAAUGAAAAAAUCCAGUUUAAACUACGGACUAGUAAAAAAAUACGGACUUGUGUCACCUUACAUAACAGUGUAGCACCAAAACAAGCCGAUUAACGUGUAAAUACAUAGCUCCACGCACACACUUACACUACAACAGGCCGAUAGGCGGCCAUUAUGAGAAUUGUCAUCGUCUGUGACAGAUCAGUUUGCGUCUCAAUAAAAUAUUAUAAAAAUGGCGUCGUGCGCUGUGAAAAAGUGUAAAAACGAUACUAGGUAUAUAAGUAUUUGUGGCCAUAUAUGAUUAUUUAAGGGAGAAAAAAUUGUGUAACUAAUAUCCCCCGUAACCGCACACACACUAGCAUAAAGUUGCUUCACUUGCUAAUAUCACGGCGCGGAGUCCUUCUUUUUUUACUCGUCCGUUGUUUAAACUAGUUUACUUCUGUCGCGUAAAAGGUAUAAUUUCGGUCAAUGACCUGUUUCUUUCCCUUGUUUGGCCGACUUUGAGUUUAAACUAACAGAAAAAACAAGUUGUAGCAAAGAAAAUUGUAUUGUGUAUUUAUAUAAAGCAUUCUCUGCAUGUAUAUUCGUUGUGUGUCAAAUACUUACCUUAUUUUCGUCAAGAAACUCGAAGCAAUAAUUGUAUACCUACGUUAUACGUAUAGGCUCGGUUUGAAAUCACAUUUUGACAUUUACGUUGUUAUAUUAUUACCUUAUGAGCUUUAAUAGUGACGUUAACAUUGAUAUAUAUUUUGAAUAUAUAACACUAAAAGUGUUGUAUUUUUUUUUAAAUCAUGACAUUUUUGAUAUAGGUAGUAUUUUAAAUCUCAUUUUUAUGUGGAUGGAGCUUGGAGCUACAAAAAUCUCUUAUAAAUAAAUAAAUAAUAAUAACUCGAAACACGAACCUGGUGCGAAAUGUCGAAAAAUCUUAUUUUAAAUCACUUCUCUUGUAACAAACCCGGAUAGCAAAGGAAACUUAUUUUAAUCGCAAAUAUGAUUUAAGCUUUGAUUUAUUUAUUACAUUCAUUAUUGAAACUAUUAAUAAUGUAGAAUAGGCACACCUUGAAUAAUUGAGUUGUAGGUUUAACUUCGUUAACUACACAGGAAAUCUUAUGAAUCAAUGCAGUAAGGCUAGAUCUAUAGAGCUCACUCUUUACUUAGGUAAAGCUUAAGUUAUUAAUAUUGUGAUAAAACGCGAACUUGACUUUUGUAUUGGGCUGUCUUAGUUUAAGCUCCGAAUAAUUUCAGCUGUCAAAAUGACUAAAAACGAAAUCAAAGAUUCUACUAAGCUAACACUCAGCUAAGUAUAACGUAAGUAAAGCCUGAGCAAAGUCUAAGUGCGCACUCAACCUUAUUUUCCGAAGCAGACUUUUUGCGAAACGUUUAUGCAACAGAGUUUUGUGUUUUCGACUUUUAAUGUGAACCAAUUUAUCACUUCUGUAGGAAUUUGAAAAUGGCAACAUGAUCUUAAAUGAUAAUUUCUUUCUUGAACAUCAAACCUGAAUAGAUUCGGAAUUCAAUUGCUUUAGUUUUUAGUAAUUUGGGUCAGCGAGAAAUUCAUUUUUGCUUAUCGUAUACUUUAUUUAGAAAAAAAAUGUGACCUACAGAUGUACAAUGAAAUGAAUUAUUAAGGGGUUUUUCACGCCCAGAACUACGUGCUAAAUGUGUAUAGUUGUAUGUAAUACGAUGAGUAUUAUUAGUAAUAAACAUUAGUUUUAAGUAGAUAAUUUUAUAUGUAUGUGUUUCUUUGUUGUAUAGUCAGCGACUUAGCAUUCUAUUCUCAAGACAUAAAGUUGUAUUUCGUGUGACAAUUAGAACCUUGAUAUAAACCUUCCCUUAAGAUCCUUGAUUGAUGCAAACCAUCUUUGAUUUGAAAAAAUCAGUGAUCCAGCAAGUCAUUUUAGUAUAAAUAUGCUCUCGACAACUCGAUGUAUUUAAUUGUUUCAUUUCAAAUAAAAAUAAAGAAUCUAUCUAAACUUUGUUAAAUAUUUAUUUACAAUCCUAUGUCAGUCGAAGCACUUCAUAAGACGAAUAUUCUCCAUUGAAGUUUGACUCACUAGGUGCAAUUGCUUAGAAGUUUCAAUAAAAGCAAAGGAUUGAAGAUAUAGUGAUUCAAUAAUGGCUUAGAUAGUAAAAUUAUAUCUUUUACAAACUCCGCACAAAAUACAAGUAAAAUUUGACGUUAUAUGGGGCACUUCUAGCUCUCUUCUCACCAAAGAGUUAUGCUAGAAACGAUUGCUUAAAUAUAUAUAUAUAUAUAUAUAUAUAAUACAUUAAUCCAUUAAUAUUAAUAAAAUCGUUACAUGGUUUUCGGCGCGUACCAAUUAAUUAAGGUCUUGUAUCGUCUGUUUAUACAUUGAAGGCUUAAUAUAAGACGCUUUGAAGAAAAUAAGUCUUCGAGCGGUAUUGCUAAAUUGUUAUUUCUUGAUACUGGACAAUUUUUUUUAAUUGGUAAUUUUAUCCUGUGUUUUGAUCACUGGCGCCAUCUGGAGGGGAUUGAGAAAACUUGCCAUUUCUUAUAGUUUUACUGUAAGUCUGUUAAACGACAUUACUAACACAAUUAAGUCAUUAUUUAUGCUAUCUAAAUACAUCGAUAUGUCACAAUCAUAUUACUUAUUUCUAUUACUAGGAUAGAAAAGUCAAUCUUUUUAAUUUCUUGUCAGGUAGAUAUUCCUUAUUACCAUUUAUGUAGGUACAGUUUAUAUGUAUUUGCAUUUAUUUGAGAAAAUGUGAUUUCAAAUACGAUGAUUGAGAAUGCAUUAGUGAAUUUUCCUAUGAUUUUAAAAUUAAGUUUUUAGUAGAUCAAUUUGUAUAUACGCCAUCAAUCAUUAUGUAUUAUUAGAAUUUGCGGAAAUAAAAUGUUUAAAUAUA